AUGGUACUAGUUGUAUUUGCUCGUGAGUACCGUGCUGUCGUACAUGCAUUGAAAGUAAUAUCUGGCGCAGAAGUUACUAAAGUAAGGCCCCGAAAAGUAAAAGGUGGUGUACUUUUAUACGAAGUGAGGUUAGGGGAAAAAGUCCAACUGACAAUUUCCGAAGAAUGUCACAGGUCGGGUAUUUGCGAAGACAUUCCAGAUUUCCCGGAAAAAGAAGUGGACGACAUUAUUGAUAAGUUGUUAUCCGACAAGGUACAUUUCAAUCAGGAUGCAGAAGUCAAAGAAAGUAGGAUUAAAGAAGCUUACGACCUGUGUGAAUUGCGGCCAACGCUCUUUCGGCCUAAAGCAGUAAGAGAUGUUAAUUAUCAGUGGUACGUGGUACUUAAUUCUAACUCUUUCGGGGUACAAAAAUUCAGAGGAGAGCUCUGUCUAGGCGGACACGGAGCGCCCUGCUCGAGGCUUAUUUAUUUCAAUAAUCCCUUCCAUGGGGAAUGUGUUCAGCUGUUUGAAAAUAGGAACAUGCUCGUUCUCAGUACCGACUUCAAGCAAGUUCUGCUCAAACCGAUGGCAGUGCCAAUGUGUUGUUCUUGCAUGGCUGUUACAUAA